CGAGCCUAGCCUUCUCUUGUUCCUCGCUCAUCAAGGGUUAGAUCCCAAACCGUAGUUUCCACGUAUAAAUUUUUUUUUUUCAAAAACAAAAUAAUUUUUAGGCAUUUAAAUUCUUGGUUGCAUUGGUUAGGGCGGCGCGUGCUGAUUGUUCAAGUGGCGCGUGUUGACCACACUUCUCUUUCAUGGUCUUAAUCUGUCAAUUCGAAUCGGGAAACCAUAGCCGGAACCAUACCGGCUCCCGAUAAUUAAUGGCGUCGGCUGUUUUAGCGAAUCGAAGUGAGUCAAAUUGGCCACCACAGCCGAAAAGCAGUGUUUCUAAAUUCAUGGGCAAAGUUCCAUUCACAGCAACAAAGCCAAACCCUAACCCUAAAUUCAACAAGAAACGCCAAUUCCACCAUCAUUUGGCGCCACCUGACGAUGUUGCCGGCCACGUCGUUGAUGAUUUUCCCGGCGUGACCCAAUCCGCGGCUUCUGACGAUGCGUCAUCGAUUAAUCGGAAACUAAAUGAUUUUAGCUCUGGCUCUUACGUCAGCUUCCACAUCAGCUCUUAUUCGAGGAAGGCGUUGAUUGAUCUGAAGAAUCAGUUAAUUGCCGAGUUGGAGCAGAUUCGUGAAUUGAAGAAUCGAAUCGAGUCGAAUGAUUUUCACAUUAGAUCCAGCACCAACAGGAAACCGGUACCCAAAAAAAACAUUUCCGGCAACAAACGGCCUUUGCCCUCAAAUUCCAGCAAAGAAUCGAAGAGAUUGAACCCUCAAGAGAACGGAAAAGCAUCAACGGCUCAUUUGAUGAAAAAUUGUUCCCAAAUCUUGAACAAAUUGAUGAAGCAUAAGCAUGGGUACAUCUUCAAUUCGCCGGUGGAUGUCGUUGGAUUGGGGCUUCAUGAUUAUUAUGAUAUAAUCAAGAUUCCGAUGGAUCUGGGCACUGUUAAAUCGAGGAUGGCAAAGAAUUUUUAUGGGUCUCCGUUUGAUUUUGCGGCUGAUAUAAGGCUGACUUUCAAUAACGCCAUGUUGUAUAACCCUAAGGGGCAUGAGGUCUAUGUGUUGGCUGAGCAGUUGCUCGCGAGAUUUGAGGAGUUUUUCCGGCCGCUGAGUUUGAAAUUGGAGCAAGAAGAGCCACAAGAAAGGGGUUAUUAUGAGGAAGAGUUGCAGGCGAGUUCUUGGGAUCAUGGCGAAGCUGAUAGGUUGAAGAAAGAUAGGGAAAGAGAUGGGCGGAGGAUUAUUGUUGAUAGGGAUGAUUCAAUUGUGGCAAGAUCUGAUAAAGUUGGGGGGUUUUCGGGCUUUGCUUCAAACCCAAAUGUACCACCGCCUCAGAUGCAGUUGCAGGCUCCGGCAAGAGUGGCUUCUCCACUAAGGGCACAGCCAGUGAAGCCAUUGAAGCAACCGAAGCCAAAGGCAAAGGAUCCGAACAAGAGGGAAAUGAGUAUGGAAGAAAAGCACAAGUUGGGGAUUGGAUUGCAGAGCUUGCCACAGGAGAAGAUGGAUCAUGUGGUUCUGAUUAUAAAAAAGAGGAAUGGGCAUUUGAGGCAGGAUGGGGAUGAGAUUGAACUUGAUAUUGAGGCAAUGGAUACAGAGACGCUGUGGGAGUUGGAUCGGUUUGUCACUAAUUACAAGAAGAUGGUCAGCAAGAUUAAGCGGCAAGCAUUGAUGGCAAACAAUGCGGUAUCUAAUGACUGCAAUAGGGAAGAGGUAGCUGUGGAGAAGAUUGAGGUUCCAAUGGAGUUGAAGAAGCCUAAGAAAGGGGAUGCUGGUGAGGAAGAUGUAGAUAUUGGGGAUGAAAUGCCAAUGAGCAGUUUUCCACCUGUGGAGAUUGAGAAGGAUAAUGAUCGUGCUAGUAGCAGUUCUAGCAGCUCAAGCAGUUCCAGCAGUGAUUCAUCAUCUUCAAGCGAUUCAGAUUCUGGGAGUUCUUCAGGAAGUGAUUCCGAUGCUGAUGAUGCGCGGUCAUAAGCCUUUGGCAUAAAGGAUGGGUUAUUUGUUUUUUGAAGUUUGUGAGCUCAGAUUUUGGGGCAUCCAGGAUGAGUUGGGUGGGGAUAUAGAUGAGGUAGAUUUUGCUAACAUUGCUAACAAAUUGAAAAUUAGCUGUGGACUUCAGUAGGAUUAAAUGCUCAAGGUAUGAACCUUUUUUUCCCCCUUUUUUUCUUGUUUUUGUUGCUGUACAGGGUGGUUUCUUAAAGUGUGUUGUGUGAAUUGUAGUGGUUGCUCUCUUUGGAGGACAGAAAUUUAUGAAAGAAGUUGGAAACGGGGGCACCCUCGGCCAGAAGAAUGAAUGUGGAUUUUAGUGGGUAGAGAAAAUGUAGUGAACAGAAUUGAGAUUUGGUAGAAGACAGGUAGAAGGGAAAAAUAGUGGGGUUGGAAAAUACUUUGUACGUAUUAACCCUAAUACUUGAUUUUAAGCAAUCAGCAUUAAUAGAGGCAUUUACAAUUUAGUCUUUA